ACGUUAAAAGUUAUCAACUUUUUAAUUAAGUUUUCAUAUACCCCGAAAGUUACGCAUGCAGUAAAUUGAUAAUUUUGUUGAUAAUCGGUUGUACGAUGAAACAAUGAACUGACAAUGAGAGACAGCAAUAGGUUUGUAAUUAUCUAUAGAUACAAUUUAUGUCUCUCUAAAUCGUGAUAUGCUUAUCAUUCGUAUUUUCCGGGAGCAUCUCAACGAUCUUUGCGACGUCCGCACGUGUUACUUAUAUCACGGACGCGAAUAAAUCCUCUCUCUUUUUCUCGUGAAAUUCGAUCGAAGAAUGUCCGAUUCGACAAUUCGUUAUUCGCUCGCGGACGUCGCGAAGUGUAAUGGCAAGAAUGGAACGAGAACCUGGAUCGUGAUCUAUGACAAUGUUUACGAUGUGACGGAUUAUAUGCAGCAGCAUCCCGGUGGUCCGGAAUUAAUUGAGGAAUAUGCAGGAAAAGAUGCAACGAGUGGAUUUGAUGAUUUCGGACAUUCUUCAGAUGCUAAAAAGAUGCUCAAAAAGUAUUUGAUCGGUGAACUCGAAGAUAAAGAUAAAAGAGUCAAUAGAAAGAAGAAGCACGCUGUUUCCAAUGGAAUAAAAGUAGAAGGGGUGAAUAAGCAAAAUCGAAGAACGUUCUUAGCGAUGAUCUGUGGCAAGUGUAUACGUUGAAGAAUAUGUCGUGAACAUCGACUGUAUAUGUUAUUUUAGGUAGAUAAUUUUAUUUAUUACGUCAUCUAUAUCUGAUAUCUGCUUUAAAUAAGACAUUGUUCGUGACGACGUGCACGACGAUGUAUUAUCGAUAAGGAUCAUCGAAAUUAAAAGCCGUCCGCUUAUCGCUUGUACGUGACAUUGGAGAUAUACUCGUAUAAGAAUGAACAGGGAAAGCUAAUAGCGAAUUAUUACGUCUGCGAAUAAUUACAUCACGUAUCAUCCGCUUAUCGCAUUCACGAACACGAAAGUAAUAGUAAAUCACUUGAUAGAAUUUCCAAUGUUAUAUAUAUAAAUUACUAAUCUCGGAAAAAAAUUUAUGAAAUCUUGAGAUUAACUCUACACUGAGGAAAAAAAAGAAGUUAUGUUAACUCGACAGCAUUUUUCAACUUGAUUAAACUCUUUUUGUUUAAUAUUUAUAUAUUUAUGUAUUUAGGUUAAAUAUGCACAUACUUUUAAAUUGAGGUUGAACUUUAUCAAGUUAAAUUUGUGUAAAUAACAGUUGAACAUAGUUGAAUUAAAUUCUAUUUGACUUUAAGAUAAGAAUUAUAACAUACAAUUAAUAAAAAAGUGUAUUUAUAAUAUUAUAGAUAUUGAGUAAGUAAAUCAAAUUAUGGAUGGUGGCAGUGUAUUUAGAGUUUGAUCUAAAUUGAUCUAAAUUGAAAUUGAUAACGUAUUCUGAGCAACAUAGAGCAUAUUAUUGAAUAUUGUUUGUCAUGUAAAUUUCUGCGAAUUUAUGUUUGCGUUACACACGAGGAAAGUCCGUCUUGUGAUACGUAUGUUAUGGUUAUCGCAAAAUAUUUUUCGCUGUUUAAUCGUUUUAAAUAAUCCAGGGACUUGCCAGUAAAUGAUUUUACGCAGCGCAACGCAAUUCGAACCGAAUGCUCGAGCACGAGCAUUGUUAAUUUUCUAACAGUUGUUUAAAAUAAACACGAGAGAUUCUAUAGAGAAGAUAACUUAAGUUUAAUAAGGUAUUCAAACACAUUUGAAAUAAAAAUAAUUCAUGUACAACA